ACUGCAGCAAAAACAAACAUAGGCAGGGCCAAAAAAGCAAGAAAAAAUUACCCACAAACUCAAACGCCAACAUCACCCCCUCCAUUUUUUGUUCCCCUGCUUUCUUCCUUCAUCUAUUUAUGUUUUGGUGAAUAAAACAAACUAGUCGUAGUAAUUAGUUGGAAAGAAGAAAAAGAAAAGAAAAUUAAAGGUGUAUGACAGCAGGGGGCAGUGGAGUCCAGUGAGUACAAAAUUUACAGUACUCACGUCCCCCUCAAUUUCUGCAGACACAAACACAUGAAUCACCCACCUGAUUAUUUCGUAUUGGUUUGUUUGUUUGUUUUCUUGUUCCAUGGAACAAAAAGGGGGUGUUGUCGAGACUGAGAAAAAGAGAGGGACUCGGUUAAGAACCCCAAGAAAGCAAGCCAGGCAGCAGAGGGCUAAAAAAAGAGAGACAAGUUUUUUCUUUUGGGUUGGCCUUGAAAACCCAAAAUCCAAAACCGGAUAAAAAUGCUGUUCUUUCACUAGCAUUACUAUUAUUGAGUCAUAAAAAAUGAGUAUUUUUCUUCUGUUCUUCUUCUUCUUCUUCCUUUCUUCUGCGACUGUUUCUUUGUCAUAUGAGCCUCGUAACCAUGAAGUGGAAGCGUUGAUUAGUAUAAGGAAAGAAUUGAAUGAUCCACAUGGGGUAUUAAACAACUGGGAUGAAGACUCUGUUGAUCCUUGUAGCUGGGCUAUGGUCACUUGCUCUUCUGAAAAUCUUGUUAUUGGCCUGGGAGCUCCAAGUCAGUCUUUAUCAGGAACUUUGUCUGGAACUAUAGGCAAUCUCACCAAUCUUCGCCAAGUGUUGUUGCAAAACAAUAACUUAUCUGAUAAAAUCCCACCUGAGCUUGGGACUCUUCCAAAACUGCAGACCUUGGAUCUAUCUAACAAUCGAUUCUCCGGUGCAAUUCCAGGGUCAUUUGGACAGUUAAAUAGUUUGCAAUACCUGAGGUUGAACAACAAUAGCUUGUCUGGGCCUUUUCCUGCAUCUUUAGCGAAGAUCCCUCAACUUGCUUUCUUGGAUUUGUCUUAUAACAAUCUCAGUGGACCUGUACCCAAGUUCCCUGCUAGAACUUUCAAUAUUGUGGGGAAUCCAUUGAUUUGUACAAGCAGCUCCAUUGAAGUUUGCUCUGGAUCAGCCAAUGCUGUUCCCCUUUCAUCUUCCCUGGGUUCAUCAAAUGGGGAACAAAAAUCCAAGAAGUUAGCUAUUGCACUUGGAAUCAGCAUCAGCUUUGCCUCUCUCAUACUCCUAAUAUUUGCACUACUUUGGCACAAAAAGAAACGGAAAAAGCUAACAAUUCUACAUAUUAGUGACAAACAAGAAGAGGGCCUCAUAAGCCUAGGUAACCUUAGGAACUUCACUUUCAGGGAACUCCAGGUUGCUACAGACAACUUCAGCACCAAGAACAUACUAGGCACUGGAGGUUUUGGCAAUGUCUACAAGGGAAAGUUAGGAGAUGGUACCCUUGUGGCCGUGAAGCGGCUAAAAGACUUGACAGGGAGUUUUGGGGAGUCACAAUUCAGGACUGAGUUGGAGAUGAUCAGCUUGGCGGUUCACCGUAAUCUGCUUCGUUUAAUUGGAUAUUGUGCUACCUCUAAUGAGAGACUUCUUGUCUACCCUUACAUGUCUAAUGGCAGUGUGGCGUCCAGGCUCAGAGGAAAACCCUUACUAGACUGGAAUACAAGGAAGAGGAUUGCGAUUGGAGCAGCGAGGGGACUUCUGUAUCUACAUGAGCAAUGUGAUCCAAAGAUAAUCCACAGAGAUGUGAAGGCAGCUAAUAUUCUUCUGGAUGAUUACUGUGAAGCCAUUGUUGGUGACUUUGGCCUUGCAAAGCUCCUUGAUCAUGCUGAUUCCCAUGUUACUACUGCUGUCCGUGGCACUGUUGGGCACAUUGCGCCAGAGUACCUCUCAACUGGCCAGUCUUCGGAGAAAACUGAUGUGUUUGGAUUUGGCAUUCUCUUGAUAGAGCUCAUAACUGGAAUGAGAGCUCUCAAGUUUGGUAAAACAGUUAGUCAGAAAGGAGCAAUGCUUGAGUGGGUGAAGAAAAUUCAGCAAGAAAAGAAAGUGGAAGUAUUGGUGGACAGAGAGCUAGGGAGCAACUAUGACAGGAUUGAAGUGGGCGAGAUGCUGCAAGUGGCGUUGCUAUGCACUCAAUACCUUUCGACCCACCGCCCAAAAAUGUCUGAAGUGGUCCGGAUGCUUGAAGGUGAUGGGCUGGCUGAGAAAUGGGCAGCAACGCAUAAUCAGAGUAAUCCCACCAUGAACCUAUUUCCUAACAACUUCAGUAACAGAAAUAUGGCCUGCUCUACCACUGGAUCAAAACAUGAUGAAAAAAGUCAUGAUCAAACGAGCAACAUGUUCGGUGCAGGAAUCGAUGAGGAUGAUGAUGAACAUUCUUUGGAUUCCUAUACUAUGGAACUCUCUGGUCCAAGAUAAGAUCAAAAAAGAAUGAGGUGAAGUGAAAUAUAUAUAGAGAGAGCAUGAAUUCUUUAUUAAAUUCUAUACGAGUGGCCUAAGUUUCAAAAAAGAAAAGGAAAUAGGUGCAGCCUUAUGUUUAAAGACUUUGAUAUUAAGUUUAAUUUUCUGGGAUUCUAAUGUAAAUGUCCCUUUGACUGUUUUAUGUUUCUUUUCUGCCAAACGGAAAAAUGGGAAACUGCAAUGAGCACAGUAAGGGUUGUGUCGGGUUUCAGAUGCUCUGCUUUCAAGUGAGACAGAGUCUCAAGCAAAGAAUGAUUUUGACAGUUUUGACUAAAAAAAGAAAAAGAAAUAGGCUUAUGUUUUGCAAUAUUUUUCAGCUGUGAAGUGAAAGGUUAUUGUUAAAGGUCUCUGAGCUGUUAAGGGUCAUUAUCUUGGGAUGCUUUUGCAGUCUCACGUGCUUGUUGGCUCUUUCAUCCUUUUUGGCUUUCAACCCUUUGAAUUUAACCCCAUUUCAAGUUUCAACUCCCGCUUUGGCCCCUUCUCUUUUAUCUUUGCUGUAUCACUUAUUUUUGCUUUGCCCUUUGCUGACCAGUUAUGGAGAAUAACAUCUUUAAACUUCCGAUUCUUGGUAACCCAUGAAAUCUUCUAAUCCUGUAAAUACGAUUCUCUUUGUUACGUAGUCAUUAGGAAAAUCAUCUGUUGACCAACGUUUUGUAAUGUUUGUCAACACAUUUUUGGUGUUCUCACGUGCAUGAAUGUUGGAAUUAUUAGAUGUUGCGAGUUCAAAGAUCACAUUUUUGUUUUUCAACCGUUGUAAGGAUAUAAAAAACAUCGAUCACUGAUGCAUGUCACAUCAAAUGC